AUGAUAAGAUCUCGGCAGAAGGUGCUGAGUCUUGUGACAUGGACCUUGAAAAGAUCAAUUGUAGUGAACGCAGUAUCGGCUUCCUCCGUUGACCCUUCUUUUUCUACCAUGGCCAACACCACCAAUGUUGCUGCUAAUACAAAUUUGAACAAAACUACAACUGAGCCUGGGAACAUCCGAAACGCUCCGCAAUUAAGCAUACUGCAAACAUUGGAAAAUGCCGAAUUCAUAGCAUUGGGAACACCGCCGACGCUUCUCACUGUGCAUUCGCCCCCAUCGGUGCCUCUAUUCGUUCGUAGAGGAGCACUAACAUCAAUCUAUGGACUCAAGUCAACAUCAAAUACCACACCAACUUACGGCUCUUCCUCUUCAUCAUCAUCAUCUUCUUCUUCUUCUUCUUCUUCCACGGCCACUUCGUUCACUUCCUCACUGACAUCAUCAACACAACCAUUGAUUCGAAAUACAUUGGAGUUUCCGUUAUGGUGGGAUAGAUUCAGAUUUAAUGGCGGUCACAUCCUCUCGUAUCAAAAACUAAUUUCAACGGUGCCAUUUUCCACACUUAUAAGUAGUAGCAGCAGCAGCCUGAGCUCCUCCAGCAAAUAUGGCGAUGUGAAAUCAUUUGCCAAUUUGAUCCUCGAUGGUUCAUCCGAUUGGGCUAUUUUAAACAAAACUGCCAUUCAAGCAUACACUGGCAACUCACUUUCAAUAAGUAUGCAUAAACUACCAAAAUACAUCUCAAAAAGUUUGGCCAAGUUUUUAAACAUUAGCAGGAUCGAAACGGGGCUCUGGUCAUUUUGGAAUUCUGGGUACACAUUGCUAAGUGGUAGAGGUCAUGUCGGUGUUGUCGGCAGCGGAGGGGUAUACCAGUUGCAAUUGGCAGAAGACGAGGAAAUCUUGAUUAGAAAAAGUGCAAUUUUGGGUGUCACCGUUAACGGCCCGUUUGAUUUAGAAAAUUGUAUCAUAAAGAACGAUGUAACAACAACACUGUAUUUGCCCCAAGAAGGUGAACAAAACCACAAAGUAAAGGUUAAGUUGAAUGUUGAGGAGAGACCUCAAGGAAAGCAAGUACUAGUCCAACCAUCUGCAUGGGAUCAGAUAGUUCUUGGAAGCAAGUUGGCUCUCAACUGGACAAGACUGGUUUGGCAUUACCAAAAAGUAUUUUUCAAUAGAAUUUCUAUCAUUCUAAGUAGAUUUUUGUUGGGUAAUGCAGAAUUUGUGAAAGUGGUUGGCCCGAGAAAUAUACUAAUUCAGGCGAGUCCCCAUUUGAAACAGACUCAAAAAGAUACAAGACGUUCCUUCGGUGGAAGUAAUAGUGAAGAAAUAACUCAGUUAAAUGAAAAGCUUGUCUUCAUUGAACCUCAAAUCAACCCCGAAUCAGGAUCGAAAUCGAAAUCUAAUGAUUACUUGAGCUACGUAGAAAUAGAUCCCAAGAAAGGUGCAGUUUUCCAAAACACGCCGAAUUUUAGAGACAGUAUUUGA